AUGUUUGCGCCGCGCACACAAGCACUCCCUCUCCACCUCUGCCAUUGCUGGGCGGAUGAUCCACGAUCUGCGGCUGCGCGCUCCUACCGCUCCUCCUCCUCCUCCUCGUGCUGCCGCCGCUGCUUCUCCUGGUCUGUCGCACGCCUGCAUCCCGGUGGAGUCUGUCUCACGACGCAGCGGCCAUCCCAGGCCCUCGACCUGCUGCCACCGCCGCCGCCGCCAGUCCGCUCCUCGACUCUGUUGCUUCACUCCACCCUCCGUGACAACAUCCCCCCAACACCGGCGCCAUGCGCAGGAAAUUCUCCUUUGACAUUCCCCUCUUGCAGAGCAUGGAAGGACCAGUACGCCUCACCGCCCGAAUCGCGACCCUCGACCCCGAAAAGCGUCCGCCCACCGCUCCCCGUCGACAUUGACGCCGAACUACGCUCCGCCUGCACGUACAUCAUUACACAUCCGAAGCCGUCGCACGAGGUCUGGGAAGUUGGCGGCGCGAAGCCCGCAUUGGAUUAUGGCACCAUCAAGGCAGGAACAGAUCACAUCCCUCCCCAACAGCCAGUGGCACCAGUGGCAGUGGCAGCUCUUGGUAGCAAACCAAGUGUCAAGGGCAAAGAUGCCGUUCGACAAGAUCUGCCAACAGAUCCGACCAAAUACAGCUACAAGCCGAACGUGCCUGUGGAAGAACUCUUCAAACAAGAUGACCGCAUUCAGCCGCUCGUUCACACGACAGCGAGGUCACGAGCCGAUCAACUCAUGGCUCCUCCUGAGCCUCCAAAGCAUGCACCUGGCACCGUGACUGGCAGCAGUAGCCAAGGAAGGUCCGAACCACAUUCGCACUCACAUUCGCAGAAUCAACAACAGCACGUUUCAUACAAGAGCGAGACAUCAGAUAAGCCCAGGAUAUCUGGAAGAUCAGACUCUGUAGGAACUUCUGGGUCGACUCCACACACGGAUUCUACGGAUUACCCUUGGUCACAGUCGACGCCCAUGACCUCGGCCGUCAUCACACCUGCUCGUAGCUCGAAACGAACUUCGCAGAACGUCAAUUCUGGCUCAGAAAGUGGUAGUGCGCCCAAGGUUGAGGCGGCUAAUGCGGAAUGGAUGCGAUUAGAGUUGGAGAAGCACAAGAAAGCCAUUGAGGAGCGAGAACGAGAAAGGGAGAAGUACAUGGAGGAGGCAGCUCGUUUAGCAGCUGCAGAGACUACGCCGACCCAGGCGACAAGUUCAGUCCCAACACCAAUGUCCCAGGUACCACCUCGCAAGGCUGUGCCUUCACGGCCUGGUAGCCGACAAGCAAGAGACAUUUCGCGGCCGGCCACCCGAACGGAAGCGAGACAAGAUGUGAAGGAGUCAAUACAACCACUUAGUCGAGGACGAGCGGAUAGUGGUCGGGCUGAGGCGAGUCAGCAACCUGCCGAUGAACCCAGAGGACGAGGACCAGCUCGUUCGAAUAGCAGACUUGGUAAGGCAUCCCGAGCAGCAAGUCGUGCAGCUAGCAGAGCAGCAAGCCGAGCAGGAAGUAUCACCAACGACAUUCUCGGACAUUACCUGAGGCCUGCAUCGACUCAGAACUCACAAAGCCCCACAAGCCCAACAGAGCGACAACGAUCACCUAGUAGGACUCGAGCUGUCGCAAACAAUGUGAGGGAAUACUUCAGACCUGCGAGCCGCACCCACAGACGAUCAGGAUCCAUCGACUCAUUUCAGAGCGGAAACUCGGGGAGAUCGCCGUCUGAAUACAGCAACCACAGAUGGAAAGGAUGGCGUCCAGUGAACAAGAACCACGCCCAUGUGACACCUGAUAUGAGCAGGCCUGGCAGCUCUGCCUCACGAGGCGGUGUCAAGGAACAGCGUUCAUCACCACAGCAGCAAAGGCCUACCGUCGACUUGAACAGAGAAUUGCCACCUCUUCCUGGCCUUGAUCAAUGGAAACCUGUUCAGAAGGAAGCCGAGAAGCCUAGGACAGCACCGACAGUCAACACCGUUAUCGCUCCUGCGUAUCAAGGCAUUAAGAGAGUCUUGUCCAAGCGUGACAAGUGGGCUGCGCCAGCACCACAUCUCUCGAGCAAAGAAGACGUCGUAUCUGCCCGCUUGGGCACGCCUACACCUCCACGGUCUCAAAAACAGUCGGUGGACGUCAAGCGGGUCAACUUGAACACACUUACCAGCAAUCCUCUGCCGAGUCCACCACCUGUGUCACCACCUGCGCAUCAAACCGAGUUCAACCCUUUGUCGUUGAGUAAGAGCGCAGAUCCGUUGAAAGUCAAUGAUGCCAGCAGUGGGCGUCUACGAAGCAAAAGCAAUCAAACGUCCCGGCCGGACCUAGUACGCAGCACUCGACCAGAUCUCUUCCGAAAUCCGUCAUCACAGACACCCCAAACACCUGAGAAGGAGAAAGAGAGAGAAAAGGAUCGACGUGAAAAGGAGAAGCCAGUGCAGAUUAGCGGGAACCCCAACUUGGUCCAUCACGCACGAGCUGUCGCUGCUGGGCUGGUCAAGGAUCCAACUCGUCCUCCACGUAAAGGUGCCAACACAGCAGGCAACACCCCUUACGGCCACUCGCGUGAGAACAGCGACAAGGCGCGGGCAACUCGAAAGUACAGCAUGGACGAAUACGAUCGAAUCGACCCGCGAUAUCAGAAUACGGUGGAAAUCCAAGCACGACAAGACCAGGCGGCCAAGGACAAGUCGCGGAAGAAGUGGUGGCAACAUCACAAGGAUCGAAAUCAAGCCAAUUGGAUGGACCAAGUCGUCAAGUCAGGUGCCAGAAACGGAGUUCUUCUUACUGACGACAUUGCUUCGGGUGCGCCAAUCGUCCGGUAUUGA